UCUCAUUUUAAUUGAACUUCUGUUUCCGACAAUAUGGCUGUCCGUGUCCUGCUCGGCUUUUCUACUUGUAUUAUAAUUUGUAUCGGAGUCUCGAGAGCUUCAGGAGAUCCCUUGUGUGGGUUGAAAGUACGGAUAACGUCCUCCUGUCUAAAUUACGCAAACACCGUCAUGAUCAAUAAGGUAAAAAGGAAUACAGAGGGAAACACCAUUAAGGACAUAAGUCAUGAAGGUCAUGACCUGAGUUAUUGGCUUACCAGUGUCUAUGUCAAAUCAUUGUCCCUAUCAAGUAGUUCGGUCACCAUACAUAAAGACACAGGGAUACAGUGGAGCGCUCGGGAUAUUGACAUUUCUGUCAGUGCUAACUAUAGAUACAGAUACAUCAAACAUAUGGCGUUCAUCCCGAUACAUAUCAGUGACCAUGGAGAUAUCGAUGCAACCGUCAGCGGUGCCACGUUUGAUGUACGGAUGGAAAUGGGAAUCGAUAGCACCAGACGACCAAGUGUACGUUCUGCAUCAUGUCACUCUUAUAUAGACAGAGUCAAUGUCCAUUUCUCUGGUGGAGGACUAGGACCAACGAUUUUGAACCUUCUCAGCUCGCCGAUAGAAAGUUAUUUCAAAAACGUUUUGAGAUCAACAUUGUGUGAUGCUCUCAAAAAAGUGGUAGAUGAGGACUUAGAAAAGUCACUGCACCGUGCACGCAUCACUUCAAAAAUUGGUUCAAAGUUUGUACUUGACUAUGGGCUACAGGCGCCUCCCGUAUUCAAUACAAGAUCCAUGGAAACAUUUCAUAAGGGUAUUAUAUACUGGAAGAAUAAAACCGAACCUUUGCCAUUCAGUCCGAGUCCAUUCCCGCCGGCUACCAGCACCAACAAAAUGGUGUACGCAUGGGUGUCGGGCUACGUGUUUCAUUCGUUGACUUACAAGGCGCAGAUGAAUGACAUUCUGAAGAAAACGCUCACGAACGAUGACUUUGCAAAUGGCAUUGGUGGGUUUCUGAAUACAUCGUGCAAGUUUGGAAGUAUGUGUGUUGGAAAGUUUUUACCGCAGUUGCAACAUCAAUUUCCUCAUCAAGUUGUUGAAGUAGAGUUAAAGUCUAGAAAAGCCCCAAAUAUCGUCUUGGUAAACGGAGAACUGCAUCUGAUAAUGAAUGGAAGCAUGGCUUUGUAUGUGAAACCGCCAACUGCACCAGAACGACAAUACCUCUUUACCAUGGAUGUGGAUAUGGCGUCUUCCAUCAAAGUCAGGUACUCCGCUGGUUACCUGCAUUCAAAGCUAGGGAAAAUGAACUUCAAUAUCUGCAUAUCGAACUCAACCCUGCAUCCACUUUAUGAACACGCCCUCAAUUUCAUUAUGCAAAAUAUAGUGAAACAUUACAUGCAACCUGAAUUGGAUGACCAAGGAGCGAAAGGUUUACCUUUGCUGAAGUCGGAUGACAUCAAACUCAUCAACACAGACCUAACACUCACACAGGACGCCAUUAUCAUAGGUACUGAUCUGGAGGUCAUUGACAUUUGAUUGGAUGGUCCAAGUUGUCAUCACAUUACCUGAGAUGACCUCCUGCGCAAGUGACAAAAACAACAAACAAAACCAGAGUUCGAUAGAAAGUGGACAAAAUUAAGACUGACCAACGACAUGUCACAUGUACAUGAUGUUGCUAAAAUUGCAUGGAUGUUUAAAAACAAUGAUCACAAACGCGUGGUAACCAAGACCAAGUAAAUGGACGUAUCUUGUAUCAUAUGGAAACCUUACGUUUGGCUAUAGUCUCAUAGUUCAUCAUGAAGAGUUGAGUUGAGUGGCCUCUGUAUACAGACAUCCGAAACGCGUACCCUGACGCCGACUUGCACAAAAUUAUUUUUGUCCAGUACUACGCAGAAUUCAGAAUAAUGUGUUAGCGCAUUAUGCUAUGGGCUUUAGUGGUUUUAGGUCAUAUGCACGAUACUUCAUCAAAACUUUUUCUAACGAGGAAGAGUUCAAAUAUAUUUGCCAUGUUCUGUUUUGAUGUUACUUCCCUAUUUAAAAUCAUUAUGAUACGAAUGAGAUUAUUGUAUGCUGAUGCAGUUUGUUCAUGACCUCUUCGUAAAGGUCAGAGUAUGAUGUUCCAUAAUGAAGGAAGAAAUAUAUUGACAUCCCCACUUUCUACACCACUACAAUACAGUAAUCUACAGAUGAUUAAUCUGUUUACCUUAUCUACAUCAGAAGGUACGAUAAUGACAACUACUGUAUAAUACACACACACACGUACGGAUGGAAAAGCCCGAAUUUGGAGGAGACCGAAAUGUCUGGGGAAACCCCACGUGGUCCGGCUACCUCGUAACGUUCCCGUUCGAUCGAGGAAUUGAAGCCGGUCGCCUUGGUGACAGGCAAUGUGUAACCACUGUGCCAUCCGACUACAAAACAGUUCUUCCUUACUUUUUCUUAUUUGCUUUGUAAAGUAAUGUAAUGUGUGUAAUUAUGAAUUAACUUCAGUUUCUUUCUAUAAACAUGUAUUUGGGGUUUUUUGGAGGGGGGGGGGGGAUUUAUACAGUUUUAUUUUCUAUCAUUUGUAUUAAAAAGACAACUCUGCACAUUUUGACAAACAAUUUCCCGCAAUAGGUUCGGUGGCCGAGUGGGCUAGGUACUUUAUCACUAGCCCUCCACCUCUGGGUCAUAAGUCACGAAACCUACGUAGGGCAGUUGCCAGGUACUGACCGUAGGUCGGUGGUUUUUCUCCGGGUACUCGGGCUUUCCUCCACCUCGAAAACCUGGCACAUCCUUAAAUGACCCUGGCUGUUUUAAUAGGAACUUAAACAAAAUAAACCAGAUAAACCAAAUUAUCCUGCAACUAUCCCUUAAAUGUCAACGCAUUGGCAAACAACAUAGAAGAAUGCUAUAACACACAGAAAUACAAAUGGUCGAAACGAUUUUUUCAAAACAAAAUUCACGAAUACCUGAAGUAAAUGGAGCAAAUUAUUAGUCAUCUUAAUAUUUAAUAGCUAAAACUUAUGCCUUUGUAACUUAAAACUCUGUCCUUAUCCACGUUACUCCCCACAUCUCAAAACCUAGAGGAAACUCUCAUCAUUCGAUUUCCAUCUCUCAACAGAAAUAAAUAAGUUAAUAUAUAUGUAUAACUGUUUUCCUUGUUUCGAUCUCUUUUUUCUGUCUCCGCCCCACCUCCCAUCCCCCACCCUCUCGCCAUAUUUCAUAUUUAGUGUUUUGAGUGUGGAGAUAUACUUUUCAUGUUUGCAUGUAGUCAUGGAUGUAAAUGAAAGAACGGCUGCAUAUAUAAAUAUUGAUUCAAUAAGUAAGUUUGUAAUAGAGUAUAUGAUGAUAUAUGUGUGUAUGUAAGAAUAUAUGUGUACUGUAUGAAUGAAAAUGCAGUAGUAAUAAACUAAAUAUUAAUUUGUAAUACUGUCUCUGUGUGUCAUGUGAUUAUACAUGUGUGUAAUAUAUUAUGUUUGUACAAUAUGAUUUCAAAAUAAAAAAACAAAU